UUCCUCUUCUUCUAUGACUAAAUAUUAUUCUACUUAUUUGUUUUGUCCAUUUCCUUCAAAAGUUACUAAAAAUGCAUCAUCCACACCAGGAGUAUUACUACCCUUUUCCUUGUUUGUGUUGCAACCCUCAUACUUACAUUAGAAUGGUACAAAAUAUGAUAGAGAGGUGUUUGGUGCUUGGGAUGAAUAGAGAUGAAUGCGUUAAGACAUUAGCUAUACAUGCCAGUAUCCGCCCACUAGUAACACUAACAGUGUGGAAAGAGCUUCUGAAGGAGAACAAGGACUUCUUUCAAGCUUAUUUCACCAAUAUAUCUUCACCAGUACCCUCUUUAAGCUUUCAAAGAGAACCAAGAUUUGGAAGAAGGAAACAAUAUUGGCAAUGAAUUACAUUUGCAAAGGGGCGGAUUGAAGAACAAUAUUAAUCUCUAGCUAGGGCGUCAAAGGCCGAGUCAGGAUGUUUAAUUAAUUAUGGAUUCUAGAUCAUAAUAAUUUUUUAAAAUAUAAAUAUAAAUUUAAACUAAAAUUAUUGAGUUCUA